AUGUUGUUGGGCUUUCUGCUGGAGAAGUAUGUAACCGAAGAGUCCAUUUCCAAGGCAGAAAUGAUAAAGAUCAUCAACAAAAGGUUCAAGGAGCAAUUCCCUGAGAUCCUGAGGAGAGCCUCUGAAUACAUUGAGGUGGUCUCUGGCCUUGAAGUAAAGGAAGUCGACUCCAAGGGUCAAUACUAUGCCAUUGCCAGCAAAUGGGAAAUUAGCAAGGAAGAGAAUCUGUAUGAUGGUGGUGGGUAUCCCAAGAAUGACCUCUUGUUGCCACUCCUGGGCUUGAUGUUCAUGAAAGUCAAGGGGGCCACUGAGGAGAAGAUCUGGGGAUUCCUCAAUGCUUUGGGUGUCUAUGAUGGGGAGAGGAACGUAAUCUUUGGGGAUCCCAGGAAGCUUGUCACCAAAGAUUUGGUGCAGGAAAAGUACGUGGAGUACCAGCAGGUGCCCAACAGUGAUCCUCCAUGCUGUGAAUUCCUUUUGGGUCCCAGAGCCCAUGCUGAAGCCAACAAAACAAAAGUCCUGGAAUUUUUGGCCAAGCUUGAGUGGAUUGUUGGGGUCCUUGGAGAUGCUCCAUUCCUGGUCCAGGACGGGAUCGGCUUUGCGGGUGUGGGUAUGAUGAAUCCAGGAGGCUAUUCCGUCGACUUUGAGGGUGGUGGGCGUAGUCAGGAUCACGAUGGCUUGAAGGGAAUAAAUGAGUUCAUGAUUAUCAAUUUCAAGUAA